UACGCGCGCAAGUGAGACCCGCCUCUCCUCCACACUGUGUAUCCUUGCUGAGAGGAUAUCUGUGCGUCUGCUGUCAUUUCGUUCAACAGAUAAAUCACACCGCAGCUCAGACUCGGUGUCCUGAUUUGGCUUUAAACGCUGUCGGCCAGGUAAUACUCUGGAUGCAUCUCUGCAUUAUAAUCUACCAAUGCUGCUGUCAAACUGAAAACGGACGCACGGGUGGAUUUGCGAAACUGAUGGAGUGAUGCUCGAAUAACAACACAAGCGACGGGGAUUAUCGGCAAACGCACUUCUCGUGAACCGGUUUUCAAAAACAAGCGUUCAAGACGGACGACGUACAAGAACACAGAGGGAGAAUCCGUGGGAAGAUGCGGGAACGGGACUUCAUGCCAAACAUGGAACGGGGUAAACCCGCCACCUACACGGGAGACAAGAAGGCAAAAAUGGCUGCUAAAACCAACAAAAAGUGGGUGAGACUGGCUACUGUCUUUGCAUAUGUCUUGUCCGUGUCUUUGGCUGCUGUAAUACUGGCCAUUUAUUACAGUUUGAUAUGGAAACCGACGUCUGGCUCUUCGUCUGGACUAUAUGACGUUUUAAUGCCCAUUAACCCAAAUAAUAUCACAGCUAGUGAUGUCUCAUCAGUGAGCAAGACUAACAGGUCAUCACCGGUCAACCUAAGGUCAACACAGAUGCCCACUGUGUCCCCAGUGGAAAAAUUCAUUUGGGACAGAGGCCUUUCAACAACACAGAAUUCAGAAUACACAGGACCAGUGGACUCAGAACUAAGUGAAGAAAAAACAGAACAUUUUAAUACAGCUCAUGUUUCGGAGAGUAGCAUUACCGUAGCGGGUGCAUCAAGUGAACCCUUUACAGCCAUAGGGCACCAAGACACAAGAAACAUGCAUGACGGUUCCGGCGUUGACCCAGCAGAGAAUCAGCCCUUGGACUUCAUUCGUACCCAUGAGCCACACAUCUGGGAUUCAGCCUCUACGAACAAGAAUUUAUUUCAACAGCCCACAACUGACCAGGUGUCUUGGACACCCGAUGUCUCCUCUUUGACAGAACGUGGACUUGAAUUAAUAGAGGGCUCCUCUCCGUCGCAAGAAGAUUUGGUUACCAAGGACACAGACAAUGCAGGAAUUGGUGUGUGAUACCAAAUAAUUUGACAUUAAUGGCGAUGACUGUGCAGUGAAAGAACUGGCAAAUGAGACUGUGAUGGAAAAACUCGUUUGCCAUGCUUUUUUAGUGUUCAAGGACAUACACUGUUUUGACCAACCUGCUUUGGAAAUCUCUUAUAAAUGUUAUUGUAUUAUAGGGUUUAGGACUAGCAUAAUAACGAAUAACACCAUACAAAGAACGGAUGGGAAUGAGCUUAUAUGAACGAGUUAAUCAAACACAUUGCCUAUUGAAUUGUGCUCAGGAAUGAAACAUUUGUCCGAUUGUGAAAAGUAUAAAAAACACUGUGCUAAAUCACUGAUGUUGAUAUUUAAAUAUGCUAUAUUUUAUAAAUCUGUGUGGGUUAGAAAAUACAGAUAGCCUAUAAGGAAAACAUGAUGUAUUAAUAAACAUAUAUUUUUAUGCAGGCGUCUGUGUUUAAAGACAAACCACAUUAUAUAAACAUACGUUAUGCUAUCUGGUUAGACAAUAUAAAUGUUAGACAAAAAUCGAUCAAGACCCACAUGUUAAUCUGGCACCUAAAGCCUUUUUACUUUUAUCUUAGCAAUGAAGUUAACAUCAUGUAUGUAGUAGAAAAAUGAACACUUAUAUUUAUUUAAACUAAUAAUUAAAAGAAUUCAUAUGUAGUUAAAUUAAAUUGCUUCUGUCCAUAUUUUUAUAAUCAUUGACAUUUUGUGCCAUAAAAUAUCUACGAGUCCCAGUAAAAGUCCUCGGUUUUUCAUGAACUAACACCAGAUGGCUGACAAAGUGCCCAUGUAAACUGAGCAGAAGCCACUACAAAUCAUUAAUCUCUGCUUGUGCGCCAAACUCUUCCAGACCUGCCUCUGUUUAAUUUUAUAUAAUUUAGUUAUCAAUACAUCAAACAAAAAAUGGGUACAACUUCAUGUCGUAAAUGGGGAAUUCGUGUUUGAU